UUAACGGCAGUAGGAAGUGGUCAGGACGUGUUUGUGUCGCUGUUCCAGAAAUGAAAAUCAUUGAAUCAGCGUUGGACGGGGAGCUAAGCGUCUCCGCUGGACGCCGCGCUGUGUCACGAAAUCUGUGCCGUGGUGUGGCUCGGUAGUCCACUGCCGGCUCUUCUGGUUUCACCCGAACCAGGCUUCACUCGAAGACAUUUGGCAUUUACAUCAGAAUUGUGUGGUUGCGAAAUGACAGUGGGAUACGCGAAGUGCUACAUUGAUGGCUUUCAAGCGUUACGUUAGGCGUUCGACCCAGCUCUGUCUUUUGAACUUUCGAGAUGUCAGGAGCUAACGUCAUGGAGUCCACCAAAGCGCUCGGUAAACUGGAACUGAGUCCUGGCUUGGCCGCUAUCGGGGACAGCGCCUCCAUGAACAAGUCCGGCCAGCAGCUUCUGGGACCACAGGACCACGCUCACCUGAACGGCUGUGUCCCACUUUCUCAUCAGGUGGCAGGUCACAAGUAUGGAGUGAAGAAAGUUGGUAUUUUACAACACCCAGAUGGAACGGUCUUGAAGCAGGUUCAGCCUCCACCCAGAGGACCACGAGAAAUGCAGUUUUAUAGCAUGGUGUUUGCAGAGGACUGCUCUGAUCCUUGUCUGUUGGACCUCCAGAAACACCUUCCCAAAUAUUACGGCACCUGGUCCUCUCCUGACAGCCCAAACGAGCUCUACCUUAAACUGGAGGAUGUGACGAGUCGCUUCAACAAGCCGUGCAUCAUGGAUGUGAAGCUGGGCCGCAGAAGCUACGAUCCGCUCGCUUCACAGGAGAAACGGGAGCAGCAGAUCAGAAAAUACCCUCUGAUGGAGGAGAUUGGAUUCCUGAUCCUGGGCAUGAGGGUCUAUGAUGUUCGCAGUGAAACGUUCAACUCCUACAACCAGCACUAUGGAAGGGCCCUGGCUCAGGACACGGUUAAAGACGGUUUAGCUACGUUCUUCGAGAACGGCGUGUGUUUGAGGAGGGACGCUGUCCGGGCCAGCAUCUGCAGGGUGCAGCACAUUCUCAACUGGUUUCACUCCCAGCACCAGCUGGCCUUCUACGCCAGCUCCCUUCUUUUCGUCUACGAGGGUCUUCCCUCCUCUUUCACCUCAUCCUCCUUGUCAUCUCUCCUCAUCAGCCCGUCAGUCUGCGACGGCGUGGUGAAAACCGCCCAUUCGGUGCUGGUUAGCGAUGGCGGUCAGAGCCGGGAAGAGGACGCGGGUCAGCAGGAAGCUGGACAGGAAAACAAGCUAGCCGAGUACAACAACAACACCGAGGUGGGCGUUUUAUGGGACAGCAGCAUCUCCACGGUUCACACCAAUCACAGGAAGGACGGGGACAAGCCCUGUGUCCGGGGUCACCUCCACCUCAGCAGGGUGGACGAUGUAGUUGCCGAGGUAACGAGAGCCUCCGAUCUCGCUCCUGCGCCGUAUGAAGAAGACAACACGUGUCAGAGGAAGGCCGACCCGAAGCUGUCGCCGAACGGGAACGGAAACCGGGAUGGAGACAGAGGCAGGACAGAGGAGGACGAGGACGGGCUGGAGGGACAGAGGGGGACAGAUGGACAGGGCGGGUCGGGAGACGCAGCCGUGGAAGUCAGAAUGAUCGACUUUGCUCAUGUUUUCCCAAGCGAUAGCCUGGACCACGGCUACAUCUACGGCUUGAAACACCUGCUGACGGUGCUGGAGCAGAUCCUGUGUGACGCCGCUCAGAGCGCGCUCAGUCCGCCUACCUCCUGAAGUCCACAACCAACCACUGUGUCUUCUGCUCAGCUAACGCAAAACUGGAGCGGACUGAAGUCUGACGGAUGAGCCGCCAUCGAAUCUUCUUAUCCUGAUGGCUUUAGCUGCGUUUCUGUUAGUGACUGCGUCCCGUAUUUUAUCACAGGUUUCAUUGUCGUGAACAUGCGUUGGCGCCUCAGCUGUUGGUUGUUUUGGAAAAGUUCUGGAUAAAUAAUAUUUUAAGUUCUAAAAACAAAAUGCAGCCUGUAUUUCCCACAGCUUGUGGGUUGUUUUUCUGCUAUUUAAUUCCACACAACGUACCACCUGGAAGUCCAUGGAGUUCAUCCCGCAUCUAUCCCACGUGUUUCUACCCUGAUUCCAGCUGAUUAGACUCCAGCCCCCCCAAUCCCCCCUCCUCCCAACACCCUGUAAGUUGUGGGAUUGGCAGGCUGCAUUACGACCUGCUACCUUCAUACAUCAGCCCCUGAUCACUGGAAAGUCUUUUAUUAUUAGCAUGCUUCAAAUGAGCAACAUGUUCCUGUUUUUCUCAUCUCUUUAUAAGAUAUGUCUUCUAUAAUAUCACUUUACAUUAUACAACUGUAUAAACUCUAUUUUGACUAGAUAUAAUGAAUUAGUGACGUUUUCCCACUGUCUGGCUCUGGCAGGCACAUAAUCAACUCCUAAUGCAAGUCUGAUCACCUGACCGAUCAUUCAUUCAUUCAUUCAUUCAUUCAUUCAUUCAUUCAUUCAUUCCAGAGGAAUUAAAAACAAAGCUCUAUCAGGAAUGGAGUUAUGCUGCUGCUGAUCUGAUCCACGUCUUUAGGAAUAAAAAAACAGAUCCGUCAGUCUUUCAUCAGAUCUCUUUGAGUUUCAUUUGCUUUCAGUUGAGAACUGGACUGACUUUAUAUUUGUUUACAGGAGAAAGCAGGACUGAUAAAAAGGUCAAUCAGGGGUUUGAUCAGCUGUCCAGGAAUAAACUGCAACUCGUUUCUAAAAAGGAGUCAGUGGUGGAAAAGACUCGGAAAAUGAUGAUUAUGUUGGAAUCAGAUGUAAAUUUAGUGCUUUUCUUUAAACCACUGACGACUAACUCAGGUAUCCUCUCUAUCUCUUCAGUGUGUGUGUGUGUGUGUGUGUGUGUGUGUGUAAAUCAAUGCUAUAUGCUGUAUAAUUGGUGGUCUUUCUACUUGAUGUUGGUUGAUUUUUAUUUUUGUAAUCUCAUGGCUAACCGGAUCUUAUUGCUGUUGACCUUGAACUUGUUUUAAACUUUUAUAUUUGAUUUUCAUUUUUACCUCUUGACAGGAAGCUUGAUGUAUUUACUUUUUACUGUUGUAUUGCUGUGAUCAGCAGCCAGAUUUUCCUUUUGGAAUCAUCUCUCCUCCUCGCUGGUCAAAUUUUUCUCCCCACCUCCAGACGGUGUGAGGAACAGGAAGCAGUUCCACCGCUUGUUUCUGUUUUAGAGCUGCGACAUUAUUUCAAAAAGCCUUUCAAUUAAACUCACCGAUUGAUUUCCACUGAGGUUCGUCUUGAAACAAACACAGCUAUCAGUUGGAGAUUAUUCCACUCUGUGGAAUUAUCUAUUCAUUAUGAUUUAUGGUUAUUCCCAAAUGUUGGAUUUGGGAUUUAAAUCCUCUUUCUGUUGGUUGCUGUAAAAGAACUUUUUAUGCUUUCUGCUUCCACAUUGAUCAUUUAGACUUUCAGGCGGUAUAAGGACAAAAUGGGAAAAGCUGCUUUUAACCUGAAUGAAGCUGGUGAACAGUCUGAAUGUGUUUCAGUGAGUUUUCUGCUGUAACAUGCUACUUUUUAGGAAUGAAAUCGCUGAGCGCCCCUUAGUUUUUAGCUAAUUUAACUAUUUUACCAAAGUUGGAAUGAUGGCUCAUCUCCCACUUUGUAUACAGUGACAGUUCUACUACUGUCAAGCCAAGUCUAACAAAAAUGGCUGAAUGAACUGAAAGACCAAAGUUGUUGUUAAAUCCAAAUGUAAAGCCCACCAUAAUGUUGUAGGAUAAAUAAUUGUUCACCAGUUUGACCAAUCUAAUUUUUUUUUUAGGUAAUUUCUAAAACUCAUUAAGUCAUUUCUUAAAGUGUUGGAGGCUUUUAGCUCUUGGUCUGCUAAAACAAGAUUCUGAUGUAUUUCACCAUCUUUCUUUUCUAUAUCAUUUUCAUAUCAAAAAGCUUUAAUCUAAAGUUUUGUUAUAUAUCAAGAAAUAAUUCUAGUCUCUUAAAGAAACAUGUCAGGAGUUGGUUUUAAAAAAACCCAACAAAUUCAAUUCAUAGGUGGAGUUGUUGCUGUAAAAACCUCAGUUCAAUCUACAGAAAAGAAAUUUAUCUCCCAUCCCUUUUGGAAUAAAAUGUUUGUGUUUUGCAGCUCUGCUCCUGACAUUUAGGUAAACAGAUUUGAUUGGCUGCAGAACACCGACUGCAGCUUCCUGCAGGUUUGUCACAUGUUGCCAUCGAGUUCAUGUCGAUUUCUGUUUGGAGUUUCAUCUAUGUCGCCAGUGUCUGCAAUGUAGCGUGUCCCAUGUUUUCUCAUCUAAUUGAUGGCAUGUGUUUACUGUUGGGUUUUGGGGUUUUAUUUAAUACUGUUGGGUUUUCUCUGCCCUCCUGUCUCAGAUUUGUACAUUCAGAUCUUUUGGAGCCAUUUCUUCUCUCUGGAAACGGCGACUUCAGAGACAGAAAGCAACUGUCAGAAAUUCCUGCGGCAGCUGAACUUUGUUUUCGGGUAAUCAUGCGUACAACUGAUGUUAGUUGGGCACCAAAUAACAGUGAAUGGGUGGUGAAAUAAAAAAAAAAAUGUCUUUGGAUUUUCUUUCUUCAUUUUGAGUAAUUUCUUCAGCAGAUUGUCCCCUGAGAUGAAUUAAACCAUAUAUAUUUUGCAUUAAGGGGACAAAAGGUUUUGAUGUGAUUAAUGCUGGUCAGGUUUUCUACAACACGAGGCAACAUUUUAACAGGGUGAAACCUUUUGAGAGCCACUGUACGUUUAGUUUUUGUACCACUGUUAAAACACUGGAGAUGCUUUCAAAUGCUACGGUAAAUCUCAGUGCUUCAGUCCUGUACAAAGCCACAUCAUUUUAACCCGUGACAAUGAGUUAAUGUAAUGCUAAACUUUAUUCAGUCAUUGUUUUAAUCUUAAAAAGAUUGAGGUGUUAUGUUUUCCCUAAUAUGGCUAUUUUUAAUAAACCUUGUCUUUUGUAAAAUAAAUAAAUAAAUAAAUAACUAAAUA